GUUUGUGAUUUGGGAGGACAGGCCAUGGGUGUGGUGGGCAACAGGGGGGCAGGGUGUAGGCUUUAAGGGGGAAGCUGGGGUCGUAUAUAUGACAAAUACCUAAAAGAGAAGAGUGGAGUUCCCCUGUAACUCUUUGGCUGUUUGGGUCUCUCCAUCCAUCCUUCCAUUUCCUCAAGGCUUCCCUGAAUAUCCUAAAGCGGACAUGACUUUCCACAGGCACUCAGGCCCUCGUAGCUAUCUGAGCUCCACCAUGACUGAGCGUUUCGACUGCUUCUACUGCAGAGACAACCUACAGGGAAAGAAGUACGCCAACAAAGAUGACAAGCACGUGUGUUUGCGCUGCUUCGACAAGCUCUGCGCCAACACUUGCGCUGAGUGUCGCAAACCUAUAGGCGCUGAUGCAAAGGAGCUGAACCAUAAGAACCGCCACUGGCACGAGGGCUGCUUCCGCUGUGCCAAGUGCUACAAGCCGCUGGCCAAUGAGCCCUUUGCUGCCAAGGACGAUGGCAAGAUCAUGUGUGGGAAGUGUGGAGACCGUGACGGAUCGCCUCGCUGUCAGGGCUGCUACAAAGUGAUUGCUUCAGGAUCUAAGAACGUGGAGUACAAGCAUAAAGUCUGGCAUGAAGAGUGUUUCACCUGCUUUGAGUGCAAGCAGCCCAUCAGCAGCCAGAGCUUCCUGACCAAGGGUGAUGAUAUGUACUGCACUUCCUGCCAUGAGAAGAAGUUCGCCAAGCACUGUGUCCGGUGCAAAGAGGCCAUUACCAGUGGUGGGAUCACCUAUCAGGACCAGCCAUGGCACUCGGAGUGCUUUGUGUGUCACACGUGCAAGAAGCCACUGGCUGGAGCUCGUUUCACGGCCCAUGAAGAUCAGUUCUACUGUGUGGACUGCUAUAAGACUGAUGUGGCCAAAAAGUGCUCUGGAUGCCAGAAUCCUAUUACAGGGUUUGGCAGAGGGACCAAUGUGGUGAACUAUGAGAACAAAUCCUGGCAUGAAUAUUGCUUCAACUGCAAAAAAUGCUCACUCUCAAUGGCCCACAAGCGUUUUGUCAUCCACGGAGAGGACAUAUACUGCCCUGACUGUGCCAAAAAGCUGUGAGGGCUGAUAUGUGAUGACGCGGAGUAACAAAAGCAAUUAGUAUUGAUGAAAUGGAUAGCAAAUCUUUGAGUACUAAACCAGUGGUGGUGUUUGUGCUGAUAAAUCACUGGAAGUUUGAUAUUAUUUUAUUAUGCAAAAUAUGUUACUGCAAUCAAAUGUAAUCGCUGGAUUUGCAAACCUAACAUUGCAUUUUAAUAAGUUUCAGUUAUUGCAAAGCUAUGGUAAAACAGUAGUAGAUUGCUGUAAGAUUUAAUGUGUUGAAAUAAUUCAGAAAACUAAUUUUGCUUUGUGGAAAAAUGUUUUAACAACUGUAAGGAUGAAAAAAACAUUACAUUUGAGAUGUUUUGAGUAUGAAACAAUAAAUGACUCCAAAUCUUUUAUUUUCCAAAACUUUAUUUUAACAAUUUAUACUUUUCCAGUACACUUUAGAUAUAUUUACAAAUAUAAUUUGUGGUCAGGGCUAUUUCAAGACAAGAAACUGCUCUAAUAAAAGCAGAUCCUAUUCAUGACCCUGGUCGAGUAGAAUGAUUGUCAUGGCCGAGGUAAGCUCACGUGACGCGUUAAGAUAUUAAUAUAUGAAAAUAAAAUACAGCCCAUUCUGCAUCUAAGGCACCAUCCUAUUCUACCCCUGCUUUGAGUACAAUUGACAUUUAAAGAACAGUUUCAGUUCGGAUGUAUACAGCACAAGGGGCUCGAAAGGUCCCGUGAGUGGAAACAACAUCUGCAUUGGAGUGAACUCGUCUGAAAGUGGCUGUGCUAGCAUAUUAUAAGAGCAAAUGGAACUAACAUGGAAAUUUGAAGUUUUAAGAGUACAUGUUAAAGGCCGAACCAAUGAUAUCAAACCCAUUUCUGAAUUUCACUGAGCAAGUCUCUUGCCAAGCGCGUCACAUAACCUCUGCAAACACUUUUCCACUGAAGUCUAAGA